CGUGGCUUGGCGGGAGGCGGUGGCGGCGGGCGGCGGCGGCGGCCGGGCCGGGCCAUGGGGAAGGAGCAGGAGCUGCUGGAGGCCGCCCGUACCGGGAACCUGCCCGCCGUGGAGAAGCUGUUAUCGGGGAAACGCCUCAGCUCCGGCUUCGGUGGCUCCGGGGGGGGAGGAGGAGGCGGAGGAGGCGGCUCCGGGGGGGGAGGCGGCGGCGGAGGAGGCAGCGGGAGCGGCGGUGUGGGGCACCCGCUGUCCAGUCUCCUCAGCAUCUGGAGAGGGCCAAAUGUGAACUGCGUUGACAGUACUGGAUACACUCCACUGCACCAUGCUGCUUUGAAUGGUCAUAAGGAUGUUGUGGAAGUUCUGCUGAGGAACGAUGCACUAACCAAUGUAGCAGACUGUAAAGGCUGUUACCCUCUUCACCUGGCAGCUUGGAAAGGGGAUGCAGACAUCGUGAAGCUCCUCAUCCACCAGGGACCUUCGCAUACUAAAGUGAAUGAGCAGAAUGCUCUUGAGAUCAAAGAACUCAAAAAGUACGGCCCCUUUGACCCAUAUAUCAAUGCCAAGAACAACGACAACGAGACGGCGCUGCACUGUGCCGCGCAGUACGGCCACACAGAGGUGGUGAAGGUCCUUCUGGAGGAGCUGACUGACCCCACCAUGCGCAAUAACAAGUUUGAGACUCCGCUGGACCUGGCCGCGCUCUAUGGGAGGCUGGAAGUCGUGAAGAUGCUCUUGAAUGCUCACCCCAAUCUUUUAAGCUGCAACACUAAGAAACACACUCCCCUGCACUUGGCAGCUAGGAAUGGUCACAAAACUGUAGUCCGUGUCCUCCUGGAUGCUGGCAUGGAUAGCAACUACCAGACUGAAAAAGGCAGUGCUUUGCACGAAGCUGCUUUGUUUGGCAAGACAGAUGUGGUACAAAUAUUGCUGGCUGCAGGUAUUGAUGUGAACAUAAAGGAUAACAGAGGCCUGACAGCUCUGGAUAUUGUGAGGGAACUUCCUUCUCAGAAAAGCCAACACAUAGCAGCUCUUAUUGAAGAUUACACGAUUGGGAAGAAAAGUGCCAAAGCUGCAGAGAAGACUGUUCAAGCACCGCUUGUUCCAGCCACUGAUCCUGUGUGCCGGAUAUCUCAGGGUGAUGUGGAGAAAGCAGUGACAGAACUGAUCAUAGAUUUUGACGUGAACCCAGAAGAGGAGAGCCCAUAUGAAGCUUUAUAUAACGCAACAUCCUGCCACUCCCUGGACAGCCUUGCCAGUGGGAGAUCUUCAGAUCGAGAGUCUGUGAAUAAGGAAGUGGAAUCAACUGGUCUCAAAGCAGCAGGAGUCAGGCCUAGAGAACGUCCACCCCCGCCUGCCAAGCCACCGCCUGAUGAAGAGGAGGAGCAGCAUGUGGAGAAGAAGAUAGGCCAUGGUGCUUCCUGUGAGGCCUCUGUUGCACGAGGAAAAAGCAGGGGAAGUGGAGCGGAGGAAGAGGAACACCCUUACGAGCUGUUGCUUACAGCAGAAACUAAAAAGCCAGUUGCCGUGGAUAGGAAAACAAAAGACCACAGGAGGAGCAGUGGCAGCCGCAGCCAGGACUCUGCCGACGGCCAGGACAUCCAGGUUCCAGAGCAGUUUUCAGGGUUGCUCCAUGGUUCCUCCCCGAUCUGUGAGAUAAGUGAGGACCCUUUCAGGCUCGUUUCCUCCACGGAGAAAGGAGGCACGGAAGCUACAAGCCACCCACCUGCUAUGCAGCUGGAGGAUGCUGACUUACCUGCCCCUGGAUCAGUACGGACCAGCUCUCCAGACCAAAACCAGAAAGUGGUCUACGCAACCGUCCAGCACACACACGUCAACCGGGCGGAUCCUGAAACUGUAGUCACGCCCCACGUGCUACAGCACCCCGGCGGUGCUGAGGAAGAGGGGGACAGAGCUGUGGGCAGAGCCCACCCGGGGAGCAAGCCCAAAGCCGAGCUCAAACUCAGCCGCAGCUUGUCUAAAUCGGACUCUGAUCUUCUGACCUGCUCUCCGACAGAGGACGAUGCCAUGGGGAGCCGGAGUGAAUCGCUCUCGAACUGCAGCACUGGGAAGAAGAGGCUGGAGAAGUCCCCGUCCUUUGCUUCGGAGUGGGAUGAGAUUGAGAAAAUCAUGAGUUCCAUCGGUGAAGGCAUUGACUUUUCUCAGGAGCAGCAGAGGAUCUCAGGUUCGCGGAUGCUGGAGCAGAGUGUCGGGGAGUGGCUGGAGUCCAUUGGCCUGCAGCAAUAUGAGAGUAAGCUGCUUUUGAACGGCUUUGAUGAUGUCCGCUUCCUGGGCUGUAAUGUCAUGGAAGACCAGGACCUUCGGGACAUCGGGAUCAGCGACCCGCAGCACCGUCGGAAGCUCCUCCAGGCUGCUCGCUCCCUCCCGAAGUUGAAACCCCUGGGCUGUGAUGGGAACAGCCAGCCUUCGGUUCCCGCAUGGCUCGACUCUUUGGGGCUGCAGGAUUACAUUCAGUCCUUCCUCUCGAGUGGCUACAGCUCUAUUGACACUGUGAAAAACCUUUGGGAGCUUGAAAUAGUAAAUGUGUUGAAAGUGAAUCUGCUUGGCCAUCGGAAGAGGAUCAUCGCCUCCCUGGCAGACAGACCGUACGAGGAGCCACCGGCAAAGCCGCCGCGCUUCUCGCAGCUGAGAUGCCAGGACUUGAUGUCCCAGACAUCCUCGCCCCUGAGCCAGAACGACUCCUGCACGGGCAGAUCUGCCGAUCUCCUGCUGCCCUCCGGGGACACUGGGAAGAGGCAACAUGACCGUGGCACCGAGGUUGCUCCCUACUCCAGAGCUGAGCGCUACAAAGCACAGGAGGACCGUCGGGAGUCAAAGCUGACCCUGCGCCCCCCCAGCCUGGCUGCCCCGUACGCCCCAGUCCAAAACUGGCAGCACCAGCCAGAGAAGCUCAUCUUCGAGUCCUGCGGGUACGAGGCCAACUACUUGGGCUCCAUGUUGAUCAAAGACCUUCGAGGGACAGAGUCUACGCAGGAUGCCUGUGCCAAGAUGAGGAAAUCCACAGAGCACAUGAAGAAGAUCCCGACCAUAAUACUGUCCAUCACGUACAAGGGGGUGAAGUUCAUCGAUGCCUCUAACAAGAAUGUCAUUGCUGAGCACGAGAUCCGGAACAUCUCCUGCGCUGCUCAGGACCCCGAGGAUCUCUGCACAUUCGCCUACAUCACCAAGGACCUGCAGACCAGCCACCACUACUGCCAUGUCUUCAGCACCGUGGAUGUGAACCUGACAUACGAGAUCAUCCUUACGUUGGGGCAGGCGUUCGAGGUCGCCUACCAGCUGGCCCUCCAAGCCCAGAGAGCAAAGCCUCUGGGUGCUGGAGCAGGAGAAAUGAUUGAAACAAAAUCUUCCAAACCGGUGCCUAAACCGCGAGCUGGCAUGAGGAAAUCUGCAGUGCCGCUCCCUCCCGACACUCGCUGUUGUUACUGUCACACCUGUACAACACACCGCCCCUCCUACCUGCCGCUGCAGUCUGUUAGUCCCGGAGCUAAGCUGGAGCCCCCUGAAGUGGACCAAGAUUCCCAGUCUCAUGCCAGUGUCUCCUGGGUCGUGGACCCCAAACAGGACUCCAAGCGGACCCUCAGCACUAAGUAUGAGACCACUAUCUUCUAAAGCAAACACACCCCGUGUCCACCUAGUCUAACCGUGCCUUUGCGAUCUGAUCUGUCUGCUGUUCUAAACUCCCUCUUCCUCCAGCUGCUCGCACUGAGCCCCGCGUAGGCACUACGUCAAAGGCAGCAGCACUUAGGAGACUGUAGACUUAAACGGCUUUUGUACCUGAUCACUACUGAACACUGUGAAUUCUCCUUACUCGGAAACAAGGGUAACACGCUGUUAGAUAUCUGUGAGGUGGGAGGUGCAGAGGGAUGCAGGCUGGGGGGAAUCAGAGAUGUGGAUCCAGGAAGCCGCCUGCCGUUUUCACGUCUUUCCCUUCGCUCUGGCACUGUGAAUCCCUGGGGGAACGUGACACUCCCCAGGCCUUUUUUUCUAUUUCACCUUCUUAUCCUUGGACUGAUGGAGACCUCUUGUCUCUGCGGUGCACGCACUCCCUCCUCCUAGAUCCUCUUCUUCCCGACUGAGCCACGGCUGUGUACUGUUCCAGUGAACUCACCCCUCUUCUUACCUGCCAUUCGAAUCGACACUAACCACUGUGAUGCUGUCUGCAAAUAACAUACGUUCACUAGAUUUCCUCACAGGGACCCUUGCCCACAAUCUCUCCCCUCAAAGCCUGGAGCAGAAAACCUGCUCCGACGGGAGCGCUGGUUUGGGCCGGGUGUGAUCGUUCCCACUGUGAGCUCUGUCCCCUCUCAGAGACGAGGUGCAGUUUUGGUUGCAUGCAUUUCAGUCCCUUGUAGGAUUUUCCCCCCCCCCCAUAGUCCUUCUGUUUACACUCACCAGACUUCUCGUGAGCUUUGGGCGUAGUUCUCACUUGGCAGAUUGUAAAGAGGUUAAGCUUUUAAAGGCACAUGUUGUUAGCCCCGUGUUGGGAAGGAAAGGUGUUUGAGAGGGGCUGGUUACUGCGCUGUUAGAGGUCUGAUAAAGCCGACAGAGUUCUGCUGUGUUCAGCAGGCUUACCGCAGUUGUACUUUUUUUGCUGAAGGGAGAAAUGUGAUUGAAAUCAGUCUGCUGCCGAUCCCAAAGCUUGUUUUCAGUCUACAAACCAUUGCGUGAUGAGGGCUAUAGGGAUCUUGAAACAUCUGUCGCCUUCCAUCCUCGAGAGUGAGGAUUUCACUGAGAGAUGGCCCUGCAAUGGGCACCUCUGCCUUUUCUGGCUGUUUCUCAAAUGUGCAUGUUUUUCCUCUGGGAAAAUGUCCCCAUUUCUGUGUAUCUCAUUAGAAGCAGCUUUUAAUUCCAGAGUAUGACUGGGAAUCGUUUGCGUGAGACAGCAGGGCACUUGGCACAGGUUGGAGCAGAGCUGGGACAGGUCUGGGAAUGCCGUACGGCGGUUCACAACCCAGUGAAAGCCCCUACAACUCGGCCAUGGCCCUACCCCUGGUUCCUUCACUUGAGUUUGCAAAGCUCACUGAGAUGAAACUGAGGAGGAGGAGGAUCUGAUGAAUAACAGCACUGGAGGCAGGACUCCUGCCCUGGUGCUGCUUCUCCCUGACUUGCUGUGUGUCCCAGCGACUUCGCCUCUCUUUACCUCAGUUUCCCUGUAUACAGGAUGGGGACGUACUCACCUACCUCUCGGGGAUGUAAGGCUCGCUCCAUUUGCAGAGCAGUUUUAAGACCCUUUAGUGAAAGGCACUGCGACUUCCACACCGUGGCAGCAAACUCCCGAUGCUCAGCCUCGCUCUCCUGACAGAUGAAGUACUUAACUCGCACAAACGACCUCGUAGCAAAGCUGCAUCUUGGACCCCGACCAGCUCCUCGCAGGCAGCGGCUGUCGCACCUUUCCCAGGGAGAGGGCUGAGCAGAUGGAGCAGCGGGAGAGGGGGCUGCAGCCGUGCGGUAGUUGGGCUGCACAAAACUCACUGAUGUGCACCUUGAGGUGAGUGUGAACUCACCGUGGGUUUUGCAUCUGGGCAAAAUCCCCUCACAGGCCGGUUUUGGAGAGGUGGUGGUGACGGUGGGCCUGUUAGAGAGCUGCGAAGGAAGGUGGAUGGCAGCUACCCACUCACCUCUGCGUGACGUGUCUGGGUGGACACCUUAGACAUAAAUGGGGAAGAGGGUGCCUUCGGAUCUCUGGUGAAGCUCCAUUUCCAAAACAGGUUUUAGGAUUUACCCUGAAUCUCCCUUCGUGAUCACCAGUUGGCAUCACUGGGGAGAGGUCAGAACAGCAGCCCUGGCUUAUUUGCACCUGGUGUUUAGGGGCUGGAAGAAGCUUGUCCGAGUUUUGCUGGGGCUUUAGAGCUGUUGCCUCAAAGCUUCUGUUCCCCCAGACUUGCGGUGAAAUCUGAUGUUUCAAAAUCUUUAUUCAGCCCUUUCUCAGGAAUGAGUUUCAUCUCCCAAGUCACUUGUGGUGUAAUGGCACUGAGCGGCAAACUGACUUCAAAAUAAGGGCCAGGCUAGUAAGAACCCAAGUGAGAGGACUGAAAGGAUUGUCUUAAAGCAAAAAAAAAAAAAAAAAAAAAAGGGAAGUUCAGUCUAGUACAUAUAUUUCAUAUGCCAUGGAGCCUUUUAACAUAGAGCCAGCGCUCUGCCUACUCUGCCUAAAGAAGGGCUGCAGUGCCAUCCUGCCAGGCAAAGCGUUGUGGACAGCAGAAUAUUGCUGGGUCUGAGGUGCUCCGAGAGGUUGGGUUUGGGUUUGAUCAGCAUCUUUCCAAGCUGUAAGAGUGCCCUGAGGGUUUCUAUAUCCUUCAAAGAGAAACUGAAUUAACGGUAGCAGUGGUAGUGCAGUUUCUGUGUGUAAGUAUUCACGGUGCAGUUGCCCACACGUACGCCUGACUUUAGAGGGUCUGAGCUCAUGCAUCUCCCCCUGCUUUCAGCUGGGCAGGGCAGAUUCCUCAGCACCUCCUAAAACCGGGUCACUAGAGCAUGUGCCUUUCUAAGGGUGACCGUCCAAACCCAGCUGGGAUCACAGGCAGCCCUACCUAAACUACAGAGCUUCCACUGUGUGUCCAUAACCCUCACGGUUGUGUCUCAUCUCCUGGCCGUAUGCCUCAUCUUUCCCAGCACUUGUUUUUGUAUGACUCGGAAAUCAUUCAUUCCAUUAUCUUCCUUUCUGUUUGCCUCUGAAAAGCUGAUCUCCGGGCAGCUGUCUCCUACCACGGAAAUGUAGUAACGGGGCAGAGACCUAAGAAGCAGUGGCCUGCUGACACGAAGAUCAUCUCCAUCUGGCACUGGUGUCUGCCUCGGAGUGGGUGCAUGGCUGCUCAGUGAGGGCUCCCAAAGCAGAGGGGGGAAAGGGAUCCCAGCCACCAGCUGAGAAAAGCAGCUCUCUCCAUUUCUAGCAAAGGAAAGUUGAGACUUCCGAGGCUGAGAGCGAUGUCACCUUUUCUAGUUUGAGACAAACGUCUUUCAACCCGUUUCUUUUUAAACGUGCAAAAUGAUACAGAGCAAAUCCAGUUCAUGGUUUAAAUGUAGCACUGCGUUUUUUUGGUGAGGAAAAAAAAAUAUAUAUCCUUAUUUACUGAGAAUCCACGCAGUCCGGCAAGGAGUACAAUAGAAAGUCUUAGCAGUGGGAGUGGUGUGUGCAUCUCUAACGGUACUUAAAUUUGCUUCAAUUCUGGGUGAACAGUAGAGAACGCCAAAUUCUUGGAAAUAACUUCCUCCAGUGUGAGAAGCCUUGCAGGGUAAGUCUGCAUCCUUCGUUUUCAAAGCUACUCCACGCUUUUAUAGCAAAUGGAAAUAACUUAAGGAAAAGAGUCUGCAAAGGAUCUUUCACCCCAGAGUGGUUGUGGCCAAGUAUUACCGAUGGUACAAAGCUUGCUUCCCUGACAGAGAACUGUUGCAUUGCAAUACUUGACAUUUCUAUGGCAAGGACACAAUUUCUUCCCAUUUAGGCACUGACUACCUGGAGACGACUCCCUUCUCCAGCCUCUUGUGCACCUGUCUUGUUUUUAAAUGCAGUUAUGCCCUGAAGGGUUAGGGGUUUUUUUUAAGUAUAUUCAAUUGUGAUUUAGCACUUUUUUGAUACUAGCUCAUUAUUUAAUUAGUGCGACAGUUUCAGAAAAUGAACAAAUAAGGAGUUAAAUUUUGGGCAUUACACUGAAACGGUCCAUACCUGAGGAUAGAUCGUAUCAACCUGAGGAUGGCUUGGCCCCGUCUAAGUCAGGUAUCCCCAAAUACCACCAUCUCGAAGGUGCUGUGUGCUUGCUUUUCUUGGAAAUUACCAGAGUAUUUAACAGUAGUUUUGGCUGUGACUGAUGUGUUUUCACAGUACUGUUCCCCUCAAGGGAGAGAUGUUAAAAUGGUUGUGAUUUUAAUUCUUCAGAUGCAAAAAUGUAGCGCAGCACGUUUGUUAUAAUCUCGACAGGCAUUGUAAUGGUUGGGGAUGUGGUACCCUGCUGCUUUACUAGAAUGAUAUGCCCAAAUAAUUCCUGUUUAACUCCAGUUGCUGCUGUAUGUCAGGAUUUCAUUUAGUCUCUCUAGCCAGUAAGGCUGGGAGAGAAGUGAACCGUAAUCCCAAGGGCAUAGACCUGUAAAUGAUUAGGAGGGGGAAGUGGAAUUUUUUUUUUUUUAAGUUGAUGAAUUUAGGAAACCUAACAUUCCUUGUUAUGCAUAUGUUGCAAUUCAUACUGGUGUAAGUGUAAAUAUUUGGUGUGUUGGCAACAAGUCUUUUUGGAGAGAUUGCAAAUUGAACCUCUGCUUGGGAGGAGGGACACCUUUCUUUUUGAUGCAAUGAGCUUUUUGAAGGUUGGCUUGGAGGUGACGUGGUGAUGAAGACUCCAAUCUUCAGAGGACUGGGCUUGGUGACCCUGGUGGUCCUUUCCAGUCCUGCGUGUAAUCCUAUGGUUGUCUUUAGUGAUCCAACAGUUCUUUAGCCAGAUACUCUCUUUCUCACUUCAUAGACAAAGCAGUUGUUUUGGCAGUGCAUCUCCCCUUUUAUUUCGAUGGGUUUUCUCAAGGUACUUGCGUGCUGGAGCCUGAUCCCGGACCGUGCCCAUCGCUGACUCCCAGUAGUCUGUUAGCCCAUCCAUUGCACAGUAUUCUGGCUCUUCCUCUCUACAGGGUUUUGUGGUAGCUGGAGGAAAGUGCCCUAAAUUUCUGGUGCUGAAUAUGACUUUGAAUCAAAACGCAUCUGCUGUAUUACCUGCCUGGGAAAAGGCAGUGCUGCCCUGGGCCUUGUUCCCCUUUUUAAGGACAGAUUGUAUUUUACAGACUUUGCUUUGUGCAUGGCAUGAGUCCAGGCAAAGAACUCAAGAUAGGUAAACUAAGAUGCAGAGUUGUCUUUUUUUUUAUAUAGGAGGGGAUGAUUAUUUUUUUUUUCCAAAAUGAAGCUGCUUUAUCCUUUUUAAUUUUGUAUUUACAAAAAAAAAAAAAAGACGAGCUAAUCUUAGCUGUUCAGCUGUCUUUGAACUUGCUUUGGGAUUGUUCUUUUUAGAAGAAAUGAUGCAACUUUUGCAGGGUACGUGCCUGUCCCCCUCCCAGGGAGGAGAUACGGCACCUUCCAGGAUGUACCUCCAGUGAGGAUUUUGUACCUUCCCGAGGCUGCUGAGACACAGACCAGAUGCCAAAUAGUCCCUCCGAACCCCUCCAGUUCUGGGUGCAGCUGAAGUGGAGUCAAUGGCUUUAACGCUCCUUCCGCCCCACUUCAGAAGUUUCUAGCAGCAGAAUUUCCCCUGGCUUUCUUCUGCUCACAUCAUUUCUGUGCAAUCAGAUCUUUAUUUUAGAGCAAGCACAGUGUUUGGAGCGCUGUCUUGUUGCAAAAAGUCUCCCUUCUAGGUCUCAUAUUGGCAUUUUUUUUUUUCCCCCAGAAGAAAGUAACUGUGCUGCUCUUGCAAAGUCGAUCUAGCUCAAAAAUUUUUCUUACCCGUGGAAGAAUAACCUGAGAUUCCCUAACAGGGCAGAGAACAGUCAAGUUCAGUUUGCAAUGUAGACAUUUUUGCUAAUUGUGAUGUACGGCAGUGGGACUGAUUUGUAAUACAAAUGUUAUUUAAUCUGUCUGUAUUUUGAUACUUGAAUUUCCUUUUAUUUCCUGUAUAUACAAUUGUUAAUCUGUUCAAAUUUGUCUGAAUUUUAAACAUCUUGUGGUACCAAACAUAACCAAUCUGUGCAACAACAUAGACUGACCUCACUACAACAAGGCGAGAUUGUAAAUAUUCCUGGGCUUCCAGCAGUCGUUUUGUUGUUUUCAUAAUUGUACAACUUAGAACAGACUGAAUUAAUAAACAAACUUAGACACACA